AAUAUGUGGACCGCUUCAGUCUACGAUGGUCCUAACCCGACAUAUGACUGCACAUAAAUAAAAUAAAGGUACAAACGUGCCUACACAAUGUUUGAACGUCUAUUUGGCUUUAGUGACCUUUAUUAGUGUGUGGCUAAUGACUGUGGUUGUCAUGGAAAUGUGAAAGGGACAGCAGUGUGCUUGGUUGUCACGGUCUUGCGCAUCACUCUGGACUGACACCAUGUCGGAGGGAGAACAGCGACCGACGGAGGCUGUUUUCACUCAGUUACAACAUGGGAAUGUUUUUGUCGACACAGGUUCCUCUGGGCCUGAUGAUAUUUUCGAGGAGGACUGCUACUCCCCGUCCUCCCUCUCCUCUUCCUCCUCCUCCUCUGCCCCCCCUGUGGCCUCCCUGCAGGGGAAAACACUGUGCACCUCCUGCGGCCUAGAUAUAGUUGACCGAUACCUCCUCAAGGUGAACAACUUCUGCUGGCACGUGCGCUGCCUCUCGUGCAGUGUAUGUCAGACAUCACUAGGGCGACACGUGAGCUGCUACAUCAAGGAUAAACAAGUUUUCUGCAAACUUGACUACUUUAGGAGGUAUGGGACCCGCUGUGCUCGCUGUGGCCGGAACAUCCAUUCUAGUGAUUGGGUGCGUCGGGCCCGAGGCAGCACCUUCCACCUGGCCUGCUUCUCCUGCACAUCUUGUAAGAGGCAGCUGUCCACUGGGGAGGAAUGUGGACUACUAGAGAACAGGGUCUUCUGCCGGCCACACUAUGACAUUAUGAUGGAGAAUAUCAAACAUGCUAAGGAAAAUGAUCAACCAAAAGUAGAUGAAGAAGUAGCAGACAAAGAUGAAUCCAGCACCAUACCCAGACCUGCUAAGAGGGCAAGGACCAGCUUCACUGUUGACCAGUUACAGGUAAUGCAAAGUCAGUUUGCUAAAGAUAACAACCCAGAUGCCCAGACUCUCCAGAAACUGGCAGAGAGGACUGGUCUCAGCCGAAGGGUUAUUCAGGUCUGGUUUCAGAACUGUCGAGCUCGUCAAAAGAAAUACAUCAGCCCAAACCCUUCUUCCUCAACCAUGAUGACAUCACUUGCUGCCGGUCAGCUGACGCCACCUUUGAUGGAGGAUCUGCAAUACACAACCUAUAUUUCCCCAGAUGCACCCCUCCUCACAACACUGACUUAUAUGGAUGUCCAACCUCCAGACCCACUUUUGCUUCAGCCGCUCAUAUCCCAUUCACUGACACAACUGCCAGUCAGCCAUGCCUGAGCUACAGCCCGCCUACUGAAAACUGAGGACAAUGAUUGGUUGAUGGGAAGAUGAAGAGGAAAAACAGUGAGAAUUGGAUGACUUUAAUUCAUAAGCUGUCAGCACAGUAACAGCAAUGAAUUUGUUAAAUUUUCCCGGCCUAAUGUGUGAGCGGACAAAAGAUCUAUUUGUUAAUGACUGAAUUAAUUUCAUCCAAUCAUACAUAGAUUUAAAUGUGGGAAAAUAAGUGUUGUUGAUUGAAAAUGUUAUGUAAAAAUAUUGGUAUGUGACAUGAAACUUUGGUUAAUAUGUAUGCGUUACGAAUUACUUUGUAUUUAAUUUAUUUGGAGAAUAUGAUGAGAUAAGCACUUUGUUUGAAAAUGAUGUAAAACUGAGUAUAGAUUUGGUUUUCAUUUAAUGUUUAUAAAAGAUGUGUUUGAGGAUAAUACAAAUGUCAGUUUGGGCACCUACAAGAGAGAAUCUGAUGGUUGCUCUUCUAUAAAGACUACUAAAGAAAAUUCA